ACAGGCGGCUGGCUUCACCGUGGAUCACAAAUGACGGUUCACUUGACCGUGUUCACUAAAUAGUCUGGACUCUGCAGCGUUCAAAGGGCGAUGUUGGCGGUGGUUUUCAGGUCAGCUGUCACUAAAUAUAAGGGGUUGCGGUUGCCUAGUCAAACUGUGGCCAGAGCCAUGUCAUCUUCAGGUGGUGCCACCCCUCCGUACACGACCCUGGCCAUCAGUCGCCCUACAGAGUCCAUCACGCAUGUUGAACUUCACCGGCCUGAGAAACGCAAUGCCAUGAACAGUGCUUUCUGGAGUGAGAUGGUGACUUGCUUUAAUGAGCUCUCUGAGGACGCCCAGUGCAGAGUGGUGGUAGUUUCUGGAGCAGGGAAGCUCUUCACAGCUGGUAUCGAUCUCAUGGACAUGAUGAACAGUGUACUUCAGCCAGAAGGAGACGACACAGCCAGAAUCUCCUGGGGGAUCAAAAAAAAGAUUAAGAAAUUGCAAGAGACCUUCUCCGUCAUAGAGAAGUGCCCGAAGCCUGUUGUGGUGGCCAUCCAUGGAGCCUGUGUAGGAGCAGGUGUUGACAUGAUUACAGCCUGCGACAUUCGCCUGUGUACCCAGGACGCCUGGUUCCAAGUGAAGGAGGUUGACAUUGGACUUGCAGCAGAUGUUGGAACACUCCAGAGACUCCCGAAGGUCAUCGGCAGCCAAAGUCUUGUUAAUGAACUGGCUCUGACAGCAAGAAAGAUGUAUGCUGAUGAAGCUAAGAGCAGUGGACUGGUCAGCCGAGUGUUUGCAGAUAAGGAGGCGAUGAUGGCUGGAGCUCUGGAGAUUGCUGGAGAGAUUGCUGGUCGCAGCCCAGUUGCUGUGCAGGGCACCAAAAUAAACCUCAUCUAUGCCAGAAACCACAGCGUAGCAGAUGGAUUGGAUUACAUUGCCACGUGGAACAUGAGCAUGCUUCAGACUGAAGAUCUGAUGAAAUCAGCUCAGGCAGCCCUCGAGAAGAAGAGUCCCAAAACUAAGACAUACUCUAAACUCUGAACACCAGUGAAGCAAAGCUCAGAUACAGAAA